CUGUCUGCAUCGCUCUGCCUGUGAGCUUCUGCUCUUGAGGAAUUUCAGCUCACUCUGCUGCAUCUUCACACAGGCUCCUCACUGCCGGGACCAGUUCAACUGAUGCUGCUUAGGACAAUGUAAAACCAGGAAUUAUCAUGGGUUUUUUUUGUUCAUCUGUGCUUAUCAUUUGAUGAGCUGUUGAUCCUCUUUGUGUACCCACCACUCCAGUUUCCUCCCAUGGCGUCUGAAUCAUCUGUUGCCAAGAGGGCCAAUCUGGUGGCAUCCAGGGUCCACUGGAGCCACAUGGACCUUCCUGAGUCAGCUCAGGACCAUGAGGCUCAGGGAAGUUCGAGUAAGGACAGUGUCAGGAAAUGGCUCACCACCACUGUCACUGAGGAAGAUGCAAAGCAAGCGCCACUGCAGGAAGCUGCAGAGCCUCUAAGGAGGAACACCAGCUGUGACGAUGACCUGGCCCUGGGUGUAGAAGCGUCUUUAUAUGGUAACCAGGGAGUGAGGACAGUUCAGGAGUUUCUGCGGUGGAGCAGGUCAAGUCCAGCUCUCAGCAGGUGGAACAGCUUCAGCUCAGCAACUUCAGGUCACUCUGGACCACUCAGUGUGAUGGACAUACUCAACCUGUGGAAUGAUGACCCGGAAGAGGUUCUCUUGGACCUGGGCUUUGGCUGCGAUGAACCUGACCUCUCUGGACGCAUUCCAGCUCGAUUCAUCAAUCAUCAGUCUCAGGCAAGGGGAAUAAACCUCCAGGUGUUUCUGGAGGCCCAGAAGAACCGGCUGGACCUUGAGAAUCCAGAUGUCAGCAGUAAGCCUAAAUUUUAG